AUGUCGUUUCUAAUUUCGCCACUUUCCAGCCACAGACUAACGCCGCCGCCACCACCACAAGAUGGUGAUGAUGGCAAAUGCGAACUUAUAGGCACAUUUUCACUCCUAACCCAGGCAUUCCUUGGCUUUAUAUGUCUUUCGAGUCUAAUAAUCAAGAGAUUUUACGAGUAUCCCAUACGACGAACGUGGCCAGUAUGGAGUUUUGACGUGAGUAAACAAUUGAUUGGGGCUUUGGGUGUGCAUGUGUUUAAUGUCAUUUUAUCUGUACUCAAGACGGCACCUGGAUUGAUGAUGAUGUAUAAAAAGAGAAGUGACAAGGCAGGAGACGGCGAUGGUGGUGAUUCAGAAGUGGAUGACCCGUGUGAUUGGUAUUUUUUGAAUAUCGUGUUUGACUGUACUAUUGGAGUAUAUAUCCUCUACUUGGUGUUUAGGGGAGUUAAUUAUAUUUGCAAGCGGAUCUUCCAUAUAACUCAAAUUGACAGUGGUGAAUAUGGAGAUGUUAAUCAUCCAAGUUGGAAAGCGUUUAGUAAACAGUUGGCGAUUUACUUUGCAAGUUUAAUGAUUACCAAGUUAAUCUUAUACGGAUUGGUGGAGAUAUUUGAACGUGAGUUGCUUUGGAUCACAUCGCAUAUUUUACUUCGUUGGUUGGAUGAGUACCCUGAUGAGGUUGAGAUUUUCCUUGUCAUGUUUGUCAUUCCCAUUAUAAUGAAUUGUUUACAAUUGAUACUUAUUGAUAACUUUAUUCGGAACCAAGUUUGGUUUGAGAGUAAUAAAUUGCUUCGAUUUAAAUAUCCCAAUUUUGAUGAGGAGACUGCUAGUACUAGACAACGGGAAAUAGACGAGGUGUUGAAUGUUGAACGGGAGGAGCGAGAGCAGCGGGAAGAGCAUAAUCUGGGUAAUGAUCACCAUAGAAGGAACGGGAAUUAUAAGCAUUACGGAUCGACUCUGUGA